GACGUCGUAGGUGAACGUCGUCUGCUCGCUCGGAGAAACAGAUGCUUCGACUGUAUUGGAUAGACUUCGGAUCGUUGUUACAUUGUGGCGACAUGGUCAAAUAAGUAGGACUUUCACAGAAGCAGAUAUUUAGAUCGUCUGCUACAACGCCGGAUUCAGAACUGGAAACUUCAACCGGACAGUGUCGUCUGCUACUCUGAAACAUUCCCAAGGCGAAACAAAAUAACGUUGAAUUAAUUGAUGUGUCAUGUCAUUGGAGUGAGAUUUAACGCCAAAACUAUCGAUAAAGAAAUACUGGAGCGAUCCCCAAUCUUUUUUUAAAUUCACCUGUGUGCGUCAAGGCAGGCUGGCACUGGUGGAACACUUUCAUUAGCUCAUCCAGCCACCGUGUGUACUGUUACGUCAGACGUGGAGCUCAGCUCGGGUUGGGUCGAGCCCAUCAGUUGUGGAAGAACCACUGAAGGUAUAGGACUUGCCAUUGGUCCAGGUGGGAUAGUGUGUUUCUCUACCCGGAACCUGGGUGUCUAACACAAGGUGCGUCGUACACAGACAGGACACUGCUUGGACGGUGGUGUUGAACCCUUUCCUUCCCUAGAAGAACCAAUCUUUCAAAACGGCGGGGACACGUACACCGUGCUGGAGGCGAGCCCUCCCUUGCUUCCAGUCCGGAGCAGACGACCCGGGGGUGGAGAAAUGCGAGGCUUACUACCGGUGCGCAACCGAGAGCAACAACGAGUACCUCAUCAGGUGGCGCUGUACGGGGGGCGAGGGCCGUGGCGAUUUGGCGGGAAACACCACCAUGUGCGCGCAGCUUAACCCAGAUCGAAACUGUGCCCCACCUGUCGUCUGCCCGAGUUCACAGUGGCAGACGGCAACAGUCCAUCCUCACAGCCCCUUCCCAACAGAGAUCGUGAUCGGCGGCACCCUCGGCACCCUCUCCCUCAUCGCCAUCGUCUUCAUCAUCAUCGCCGCCGUCCGGAAGUGGCAGAUCAAAAGGAGACAGAGGUUCAGGCACCCACACCACCGCCCCAUCAAGAAGACGCGGCUCGUCCCCUGGUUCGGGGAGCCCGUCCUUGCCUACGACAUCUCCGUGAGAGACAAAGUCUACAGGGCCUACGACAACUACGCCACAGACGUGUACUACCCAGCCGCCCACUCAACUCCACGUGCAAUGCGCAUGCACGGUUACCAUGACAACUCAAGUGACAACGCCCUGUGCACACUGGGCGAGGACAGCCAUUACGAGCCAUCUAUUAUAGCAGGCAGCUUUGUGUAUCACCCGCCGUCCAACCUCCCACCCCACUUGGUACCCGACUACAACCAGAACCUGUCCUACGACAGCUUCAAGAACGAACACUUGUAUGAGAACAAUACGAGGGGGGUGGUGAGUAGCACCCUCAACAACCACCACCAGCCCCCCGACUUCUACCUAUGACCCACGGGCUGUGUUAAGUAUUGUGACAAUGUGGCGAUGGUGGGUGGUUCAGAUACCCAUCACACUUUACACCCUGAUAGAUGGCAACUUUCGAUGCUUGGCAAUAUGUGUCACUUGUAACCAAAGGGCACGGGCGUUGUUGUGGAGAUAUGCGACGGCUUUCAGACUAUGGGAUUGGAGCUCGACACCUUAACACUUGCUCUCGGAACCCCAUAUUUCGGAGAAAGUGAGUGAGUAUGGUUUUACGCCGCUUUCCGCAAUACUCAAGCAAUAUUACGGCGAAGACAUAAACCUAUUGGUUUCACACGGAGGGAAUCCAACUCGGGCCAUUGACGUGACGAGCAAUGCUUGAAUCACUAAACCACACCAUUGCCCCUUCCUGGAGAGAAUCUGGUGUGGGAACAUAGUGCAAGAGAAGACAGAUGAUAGCCUAAAAGCAGCGAAUACAGAACGUUUCAAAAGACAGCCAGAACAAGAGUCAAGUACAAAGUCGUUGAAACAAGGGUUAACAUGCUUCUUCAAGGCGGCAUGUUCAGAGUGUUACGUGAACGAACUGUGUUUACUGUCCAAGUACUUAUAGGAUCUGCUUAAGGAGUGACUCGUAUGCAGUACUUGGGACAUAUUCGAGCAUGUAACGUAUAGCAUGUGUUAAUAAGACUGAGAUAGGUUUGGCCACUUGUGGCUGAGCAGACUCCUGUGUGACGCGCGCGUCAUCAAGCUACAAGCUCAACUAGGACGUGUGUGUGUAAAUACGUGUGUAAAGUAUUAAUGGACUACAGCUAUACUACAGUCUUGCCUGACAGCUUCACGAAGUCCUUGUACAUAGGUGGCAAGAAUACUACAGCCUUGCCCACAGAGGUUGAUACUGCAAUCCUGCACAGACAGGGCGGAAACAAUAUUACAGAUUUCCACCCAGGACACCAGCUUCUCUGCCGGCUUCCUACAUGGAUGGCAAUGCCAACAAUACUAGUCCAACGUAGACGAAACAUAUACUACAGAUUUGCCCAAAGGGCUUCAACUUUUCCAACGUCCAUCGACAGAGGGUUUAUUAUAACUAUAGCUUGUCGACAGGGCAGCUGAUUUUUUUCUGCAUCAAAUUGCAAUGGUACGCCAGUCUUACUCACAUGUCAGGUUUAAUCCUUCCUGGACGACAGUAUCUCUUUUUUGUCCCAUAGGGAAUCAGCUUUAAUGCAGUCCUCGCUACAUUUUAAUGUAAUCCUUACCACUUUUAUAGUCCUUACCAAAUGACGACUUUAAUAUAAAAGUGUUGCCCAUUGCUAUGAGACAAUCCUCUAUAUAAAAGAAGAUGUCAUCACAAGUACGCCUUCCCACAGGGUGAUAUCUUUCACACACUCUCACCAAAAAGGACAUCUUCCCGAGGCAAGCGUGUCCACUAGCUUAUAUCAAAGCCUAUUUUCUACCCUUGCCACAUCAAGGCCACUCUUCAUGGCACGACCCUGGGGUCACCUCGCGUAGAUCACGAGUUAUGUCCCUUGUAAUGAAAAAGCGAUAUCCAAUCAGAUCGCCUCUUAUCUCGUAGAGCUUCACAAAGAUGGCGACUACCAUCGGCGACGACCUUGUCGCUCAGAUAACGAAAACAUUCGCGAUUUCGUUUCUAGCACAAAAACAUAGGCAAUCGUUGAGGG